AUGUGUGUGCGUACCAAAACAUCGUAUGGAUGCGGGCAUGAGUACAAGACGACCAACGAGUGCUAUUCGUCACGAUGUACUGUGGUUGAGAAGUAUCACUAUCCCAGAGAAGGGGAUUGUAAAGAGUGCAAACGUGGUGGUGUGGAAGUGACCAGAGGGAGAGAGGGCAAAGGGAGAUAUGCUCAGGCAAUUGGUAAGCGCACACAAGAGAAGGACAGGUCUCGGGAACCCCUCGCAGAAAUCUCCAACAAUAUCGAAACCUUGACACUUGACGUUGGUGGAGGAAUAAGUCCCUGGGGACCGGCUUUACAGAAAGAGAAGGACUGGGGAAGUCCCUCACGGGCCAAGGCUGAUCGAGCUUGGUUGGAAGAGCACGGCGAGAGGAAUGUCGACCUCCAAACGAUACGAGAAAGCAUGUCGUCGACCAUGUCCUCGGAUGAGGCAUCAACGGCCAUCUAUUCACCAACUCGACACGACAGACCUGUUUAUGAGUACGAGGAGGAUCAUCGUUACCAAGAUAACGAUGACGACUAUGAUCGAAGGCGACGUAUGGACACGACGGAGCGCAAUCUCCAGGUUGAGAUCCGAAGUAUCAAUGAUGACUACGAACGACGAAGCCGACGGCCCACGCAUCAUCGUCAGAGACAUGAUAGCCAGGAAAGCUUUCAUUCCCACAGUUCUCGAUCAUCGUCGCGCAGAUAUAAGGCUGCUCCAGCCAGUUACACGACGUACGACUACUAUGAGCCGCGUGACUCGGCAUAUGGAUCAUAUGGAUCGUUAGAAUCUCGAGGCUCCCACGGCUAUGAGGUCGCAAAGACGGAGCCAUACAUGUAUUCACCGCAACCGCGCGUUUUGAAGGUGAAGGCACCUUCAACUACAUCUCACGGAGUCUACCACACUGGCUUCGGCGUCGGAACUGGAGGUGGUGCAGUUGACAUUGUCACACACGUACCUCUUUAUACUACGCACAGCCAUCGAAGAUAUUAA